AUGCGAAUAGAGGCUCAUCAGGUUUUUAAUGUGAGCAUUCAAUUAUGCGAAUUCUUCAACGUCGACUUGUCGGAUAGGGGUUAUUACCAGAAACCGUUCAUUCACGAAUUUCAGAUACGCUUAAAACCUAAGAAAACUGCGGAAAUUGGAUCUGUAGAUAUUUCUCAUGACGUUGAAGCAGAUAGAGAAUCCGGCCCGCGAGCGUCCAACAAUAUUCUUCUAGCACAUGUCUAUCAAGGUUCAGCAGUUAGUAAAACGAUCGAAGUGACUUACCAGCAUGAAAAGUUCGAUUUGGAUGAUUGGUUUCAUAUCUCGAUUCAAUUUAACUCCACUCUCAAUUUAUGUGAGCCACAAAAAUUAGAGAUCGAGGUGGAAUUAUUAUACAUGGAUCGGUACCACCCGCCUCAAUACGAAUCAUUCAUGAAAAUCACAAAACGGUUAAUUGAAAUUCCUCUCGAUCCAACUCGUUUGGUUGCUGCUGCACGAUCCUUGUAUUUCGACAGUAGCUACCUUUCGGCCAUCACUAUGUGUGUGUACAGUAGUCUUGUCAUGGUUGCAACCAGACAGAGAAGAGCCAAUGCUGCAGAAUCGUUAUUACAGGCGCCUUCUAUCAAAAGUACCAAAUUGCGAAGAGUCUACAAUUCAUCUGCUCACGCAUUACUAUUCGCAACUAGAUCGAUUCAGCAAUUCAUCGUUCGAAAUGCCGAACUUAUCAAUGCUUCUCUUUCAGUUGUCAUUCUCGAUGUCCAAAACGAAAUGAAGGCGGCUCUUUUGCGUUUUGACAAUUCGGAAAAUCCGUCCAACUGUGUGGAGAAUGAUAUUUCUGAGUGGAGCACUAAAAUCACAUUGAUUUAUCAGCAGAUGCUCAAUCUUUUCCGAAAAUCAACAGAUCUUCAUCAACAACUGCUUCUCGUGUUUGAUAAACAGCGCCGCGCGGUUUUCCGUGAAGCGUUUUGGGUAACUGAACGACCCAUUGAUAAGUGCUGUAUCAGAACGCCAGUAGCAGUUUUGGAGCACUAUAAAUCAAUUAUCAAGGUAGACUAUCUGAAGAAGUUGCCACGAUGCACAAUUUUCUGCGAAGAAACCGAUUGUCCCGGAGAGUAUUGUCCGAUUAUAUUCGAAGAUGUUUUCUCCAGGAAUCCAGAUAUUACGCGACUGAUGACCACUGGUGUUCAAGAGAUGGGCAUCCCGAAUAGUGCUUCUUUGCCAGCUGUCAAAACACAAGAUAAGCAUAAGUCGUUCCGUCAAAAGAUUCGAAACGAGACGAGAAAACUCAUACAUCCUCGCCGAAAGAGUCUUGACUGCUCACAGUCAUUAUCCAGGAAAGUGGAUUCUUCACGAAGUCGAACGAAAACAUUGGCGGAGACCAUUGCUUCAGAUGGUGGGGGACUUUUACUUAAAACACCCACUGAUCAAAGUCCCAUGAGCAGCGCUCGUGUUCCAUUAGCAUCCGAAGAGUCAGCAAGUUGCCGUAGCGAACCUAUUGGUACUUUUCCAAUUUCUCCAUCAUCUUCCUCCGAGUUUGGACGAUGUUCGGCGGCAGGUGAACUGGAAUCUCCAAAGGAUACUGUACCAUUGAUUUCCAAAGAGAGCGUCUCUUCAGAGGAGGUUGCUAACGCCUUGCGGACAUCCGUUUCAGCAGAUGAGGUGCUUGCGUACUCCGCUGCUAUUCCAGGGACAUCACAAACUGGGAUUUUGUCUCAAACAGACGAUAAACUAACCGAAGAACAUCCGAAAGACGUCAUGGCAGCAUUCGAAUUACUGAGAGAGCGAGAAGCUGCGAAAAAGAUGUUGAGAGAUCAGGCACAUUACGAAGGACAUCUCUAUAGUGAACAAACUUCAAAGCCAGUGUUCGGUCCAGUUUUCACCCCCAUAAAAUCGUCUCUGGUGAUUGGAGAUGCGGUGCUUCGUUCAGCUACGAAAACUCAUCUAGUAGUUUUUGUACAUGGCUUAGAAGGAUCUCAUGAAGAUUUAGUUCCAUUCCGUUGUGGUCUCGAUCAAGCUAUAAGUGCAUAUUAUCACUCUAUUCAAACGGAUGGUGAUGAUUUUGAGGAAGAACCGUGGUCAUUUGAAUACCUUAUGAGCAGUGCAAACAGAAGUCAAACGUGGGCCGAUAUCACUACGAUGGCUCAUAAUCUUCUCUCCGAAGUCCGAGAGCAUGUCGAGGAAGCCCGUUGUGAUAUUCAAAGAAUCAGCUUCAUGGCGCAUUCACUGGGUGGUGUGAUCGUUCGAAGUGCGAUUGGAUUGGCACCAGAAGUAGAAAUGCAAUGGAUGGUCGACAGAUGUUAUACUCUGAUGACAAUCAACUCACCACACCUUGGACUUGCUUAUGUUCCGAAACAUAUUCAUUGGGGUGUGCAAAUUGUCAAAUGGUGGAAAAAGUCUCGAUCAAUGGAGCAAUUGUCGUUCAGAGACUCUGUUGAUUUCGCAUCUUCAUUCGUCUACAGAACUUCCCUGAACAGUGCAUGUGGAAAAUUCAAAAACAUUUUGCUAGUUGGAACUCCUCAUGAUCAACUCGUUCCAUAUAUGUCCUCUUUGCUAGUUCCAUCGAAAGCAUCAUCUGAAGAUCAAUCUCAAUUCGGAGAAGCAUAUCGGUUAUAUUUAUUAGAAUGCACUUACAAAAGAUGUUGUUCUAAUUUCAGAGAAAUGAUGUCUGCAUGCCUAAAUUCGAUCCGAGACAGUGAAAAAAGCGAAAAUCUUGUUCGGUACACGACAUUUCAUCAGCUGGGGUCUACCAACACACAGAAACUCACUGGAAGAGCUGCUCAUGUUAUCGCCUUGGAAGAUUCUGUUUUCAUCGAGAAACUUUUCAACAUCUCUGCAGUCAAGUAUUUUGUAUAA